UGCGGUGACAAUCACAUCACAGAUAACACCUUCACUCGACACCAUCUUCUGCUAUAUCUUUGGAUCUCAAUCUGCACUCCACACACUCCACACUCACUUCAUAAUCUUCUUCUUCUUCUUCUUCUGGUCCCCUUCCUUUUAGGCUCUGUUUCAGAUCUACCCAUUAUAUUACACACUGCAGAAAAGCACAAGAUGAACAAGUAAUGAGGUAGCCGGGAAUGGAAAAAAUGGGUGGGGCCCGGUUCAACCGGACGGAGAAGGGGAAAAGGGUUCCGAAGAGGGUCUGGUUAAGCUUCCAAAAAUCAAUGGGAGUCCUCGUGGGUGGGAAUCAUACCUCCUCCAGGCGCGUCCUUCUACGCUCCAUCCUCCUCGCCUGCGCCAUCUCCAUCGUCUCUCUCUACCGCGCGCAGUCGCUCUUCGAUUUCGCUCCAAUCGCGACCUACUUAGACUGCGUUUCCGGUUUCCACGGCGUCACUUUCCGCCCCGCUUCUCAAUUUCUCCGAACCCACUUCUGGGUCCCGGUCAAUUGCGGGAAAGACGCCAACUUGACCCUCACCGUGGUCUCCGAGCUCACCGGUAACCGGUUGCUCUACCCCGGAGCGAAGAGUCUCUUCGUUGGAGAAGGAUCUUCGAUGGCCAUCGUGGCAAUGAAACAGUUAGGCUUCUCCGCCGUCAGCGCCGUCCAAACGCGCAGUUUCGAGCAGAAAGAGGUCCUGUACGAGGAUUCUUCCUUCGAUUUCGUGUUUUCCAGGGACCUCGACAAGGUAUCUGUCCCUGCUCUGUUGGUUCUCGAGAUUGAGCGUGUUCUUAAGCCUGGUGGGAUUGGCGCCUUUAUUGUAGGUAGCUCUGGUUCGCAACCCAAUGAUUUAAUAAGGGCAGCCACCCCUGUUUCCUCUUUGUUAAGAUCUUCCAAUGUGGUGCAUGUUGAUUAUGUCAAUGAGCUUAACCUUGUUGUUUUCAAGAAAAGAUAUGACGACGCUACGUUUUACCAACAUAAUUUACCGGCUGAUUGUCCCAGUCUCACCUUCACCAAACCCCUCAUAGAGUUGAUGGAGCCUCUUUUGAGUGAGAAACAGAAGGCACCACCUCCUGAGUUUGACAAGAACAUUCCCUAUUUGCCUAAGUUUGUGGAUGUUUCAAGUAGGAAGAGGUUGGUGUAUAUUGAUAUUGGGGUGGGGGAGCUGCUUAAUGCCAAUGUCAGUGAUUGGUUCCUGCCAUCAUACCCUAUUGAUCAGAAAGAUUUCAAUGUUUACUUUGUUCACUACAACACUUCCAUCAUGUUGUCCUACGUGAAGCGACCUGGUAUUACCUUUGUUUAUCACCCUGGCUUGGCUGGUAUUGGGAAGGUCACUGCUAAACUUGGAACAGAUGAUAAUGAUGAUGAUCUGGAUUCUUUCCUUGGGGAGGAGGAGUUUGAUUUCCUUGCCUGGUUCAGAGAAACUGUGCAAUAUGCUGAUUUUGUAGUCCUCAAGAUGAAUGCAGGAAAUGUUGAACUCAAGUUCCUCUCUGAUAUAUUUGAGAAUGGAGCUAUAUGCUUUGUUGAUGAGUUGUUUCUCAAGUGUCCCGAGAGGAGAGGUAAUGAUAAAAGUGUAAGCAGGAGCAUGGAAAGUUGUAUGGAUAUUUACAAGGGUCUCAGAAACAAUGGUGUCUAUGUCCAUCAAUGGUGGGGAGACUAAGUUGCAUUGAAUAUCUUUCAUGGUUGUUACGGUGUGCAAGAGAAACUGUGUUGUUACAAGUUUCUCUACGUUUCAUGUGUUUGGACUAUAGUCCAAUUGUGUCAAUUGUUGUUUUUGUUCAGUGAAAGUAUGAAGGAUGCUAUGAACAUCCUAGUGCUUUUAUGGUUGGGCACUCAAUGCUAAAUAAACAACCACUGUCGUUCUCGUUUGCUAAUAAAACCUGUGAUGAUUUCGUGCUGC